GAGUCUGAGUUAUAAGCCGCUGCUCAUGAUUUUAGACUCAUGCACACUAAUCCGCUGCUCCGCCUGCAGGGACCAGCUACCACAACGACGCACAACGCAGACUGGCAGUGACCGAACCGGCUGUGCAGUCCAGAGAACAGAGCGCGCCGCCAAUGCCGCUGAACGCGCUUGUGAAGCCGCUGUCCAGCGCCCAUGGUGCUGAAAACACUGCACUGUCUUUGCCGAGGGUGACGUAGGCGCAAAGCGUGGUGAACGUAACUUAGCACUCAGCAAAGCACAAAGGGCUUGUGGUGAAGAAAGACAGACAACAACAGUGUGAAAUAAAGCAGUAAAGCAACGACUCAACAAAAAACAAACAGACCGGACUUUUUGAAAGCUGUCCAGCCGCGUUAUCCGUGUUGCACGCCGUGCUUCACUGCACAAUUAAAAGGGAUCUUUUGGAGAGCGAGAGAUCACAAGCUCAUGAGGUACGCUGGGAUGAUAUGGUUCUUGUCUGAAACCAGGGUUCAUUUGUUCGUCUAAAUAUCCGGUCGAUUAUGGGCUGUAUUGUCUCCAAAACGGCAAUAGGUAAAUGUUGAAGACACUGUCAAAAUGUUACCUAAAUCAAGAAGAGCUCUCACCAUCCAGGAGAUUGCAGCUCUGGCCAGAUCAUCCUUGCAUGGAAUCUCCCAGGUGGUGAAGGACCAUGUGACGAAGCCCACAGCGAUGGCUCAGGGCAGGGUGGCUCACCUGAUUGAGUGGAAGGGCUGGUGCAAGCCCAUCGACUCGCCCGUGGCCCUCGAGAGCGACUUCAACUCCUACUCAGACUUAUCAGAGGGGGAGCAGGAGGCGCGGUUUGCAGCAGGUGUAGCGGAGCAGUUUGCCAUUGCGGAGGCUAAGCUCAGAGCGUGGUCGUCUGUGGACGGAGAGGACUCCAAUGACGACUCCUACGAUGAGGACUUCGCCCCGGCCAGCGAAGGCCCCCAUUCAGCCGAUGCAGUGGGACCCUAUCCGAAUUACCUGCGGGAUAUCCUUCACAAUCACAUGUGCCAACAGCUGAGCAUGCGACAGAGCUCCUGCGAGCACGAGAGUGAUUCGUCACAGACAGUCUCCCCCGAGACCCUGUGCUCCAGCCUGUGCAGCCUGGAGGACCACCCUCUGCUGAAAGACCUGGGCUCUCCCACAGACCUGGCCACCAAGCUCUUUGGAGCCCUCCACGGUGGAGAGGAGAUCCUGGCCAAGCUGCAGCGUGGCGGGGAAAGUGCCUUCAGGAACCUCGGACACCUUAUCUGCAACGACUCCUCCUACUCUGUCUCCUACACUGAGUCGUGCUUCUCUCCUGAGGACGAGGAAGACAUGCCCUGCAAGGACUACGGGUCUGUGUGCAAGGAGGACAGCGGCUAUGAAGUCAGGAGAAAGGUCUCGGACGUGGCGUCUUCUGGAGUGGUGUCUCUAGACGACGAUGAGGAGGAGGAGGAGAACGAAGAUGUCUGAAUGAUCGUCCAUCCCUCCUCCUUGCUCUCCUGAAUGUUUUUGGCAUGCUUCACUUCGUCCCCGCCCCCUUAUCCUGAGUUUGAUAUUUUGUCUUGAGGCGUCCAAACAAUCUUUUUUCAUUUGGGUUCCGAUUGACUUGCUCUGCCUUUUGUACAAACCAAUUGCCUGGGGUUUGAUGCAAAGGCCCAAGCAGAUAACUUGCAUGAUAUGCUAAGUGCAGAAAUGAACUUGUGGUCUGAAACGUUUUAAGCUCGGUCUGUACCCCUGGUUGUUUCUUUCCAAGAACAUCUCCCAUCUAAGACUUUUUGACAUUGCAUCCCAAACUUCUUUUCCUUGGCUGAAUAAACUAAAGCAUCAAAGUGGCAUGGCUUACGCUGGGAAUGCCAAAAGAUAAACCUUUCACUAAAGAUUAUAAGAAAAUGCUGGAAUGUUCUAAACUGACAAGAUUAUGUCUUUUUAAAAUAUUUCUCACAAACAAAGAAGGCAAUAUGCUUUUAUUGUUCUAGUUUUAUAUCAUUCAACAUGUUAUUAUAGCCUGAUGAUUCUUACGUGAAAAAAACACACGUGCAAGUGUCUAAAACAAACAACAACCUUCGAUUAAAAAAGAGAAAACAAAGCAUCAAAGCAGUUUUCACUGAUGCAGUAAAAGUGUUGGUUCAGAUUUUCUAUAUUUUUGUAUCCGUCGUCUGCAUUUUUUCUGCAGCAUUGCUGUCCAGUGGUUUGCACGAAGCUUCAAGUACUGUUGCCGUAGAGAUGUUUUUUAUUUGUUAUCACUGUGUGAUAUGGUCUACAGAAAAGAAAAAAAAACAGAAUACUGUGGUAUUCAUUUUUAUUGUCAUCGUCAUGUCCUUUUCAAUGCAAGUCUGUUAUAGCCGGGAUGAAAGGUCAGCUACUAAACUUCUUAAAAGUGAAUGGUAUAUAAAUUCAAACACAGCUCGUGCCUCUCAAACCACCCCAGUCCACCAGUGAGGCCCUGGUUGGUAGGGUGUGCUGAUGAAUGGGGAAGUUCUCCAAUCAGGACACUCCUGACCCAACACAAGAACACCGGCAUGCAAUCUGCUCAGGUGUGCACAUCUCUGAACCCCGGAGUCGAUGAGUGAUUGUGCUUGUUUCACUGCUGCUUGCAGUGCCUCUGGGCUGGGAGGGGUUGAGAAGUCCGUCUGCGUGCCUUUAAGGGCUCUACUGUUCCCUGCACACAGGAAGUGUGGAUCAGCUGGGUAUGAUGAUCGGAAAGUAAAUUGGGAUGCUCAGACAAUAGGCAUCCUGAGCACUGCAGCGCAUGCAUGUGAUUGCAACACACCCAUCAGCAUGCUAGUGGGUUAUGAAAAGACCAUCAUCUGUUUUUAAAGUUCAGCGCCUCACCCUAUAUGAACAAAUACCAGCAUAUAUGUUCUGGGAGAAAUAUGAGUGUCGAACUGUAAUGUAUCAUGAUUCUAGCAUUCUAUGUCUUUUGUUUGUUUUUUGUUGUUCUUGUUGUUCAGAACGUUAGUUGUAUACUAUGGUGGUAGAAUCAUAUGAUUAAGUGCGGGCAUUCUGUUUGUGGACAUUCCGUUUACUAAUUCUAUGGCAACCCAACAACAGAAGGAUAUGUUUUUGUUGACUUUGUUUUCAGUUUUUUUUAAUAAUUGAAACAUUUAGUAUCUAGAGAGUUAAACAAACAUAAUACGCCCAAAAUCCAUGUAGACAUCAAAAGGUAUCUGUACUAAAAAUGCCCAUGGGCUCCCAUCGCAGUUCCCUUAUUUCUCCUGUAACCUGCAGAGGUUACUGUGUUUGUAGUCGACAUGCAGGACGACACAAACCUUGCCACCCAGAUGCUACAAUGCAUGAACGAUCGCUUAAUUAACUCAGGUACACGUAACAUGCUGUGCCUUCAUCUCUGCCUUUUCCUAUGUCAAUCCAUCCAAACGCCACAUUCAACAGAGAGUCAAGAGCAGUGGACAUCUCCUCCGUACCCGGUGACACCAGCAUUCCCACACUGUGCUUCUCCCUGUAGAAUAAGCAGUAUCUGUGACUCUAAAGUAGUCCACAUGUCAGAUCCUGUGAGUAGGAUGCCAGUUGGAUGCUGUUUGACUGGCAUUGCAUGGAGUAACCCAAAGUACAGAGCAAAUCGCAUCAUCUGGAAGUAGCAAAGAGAAAACAAAGAGACUUGACGGUCCUCCUGGCUUGCAGGUUUCUGUUUGUUUAUUUGUGUUGAUCACAUUCUGAAGCUGCCCACUGCAUGAGAGGGGAUGGAUCUGAUCCCUGCCUUGGGACAGCCUGCCUGCGCUGGUAACCACUCCCUGUACUGUUUACAGCAUUGCUGACCAGCCCUGAUGUAACAGAGCGCUAUGCUUCACAUUGCAAUGACAGAAAAAGAUCAACAAUUCCCUUAUGGAAGUUUACCACAGCAAAUUUGUACAGUGACUUUGCAGUCUCCCUUCCAAUGCUUUUCCCCAUGGUUACACUAUAUUUUACUAUGCUUUAUUACACUUGGCUAUGCUUUUACUAUGGGAAACUUUUAAAAAGGGUUAACACAUAACAUACCCAGAAAUAUCUCAACAAUAUACAGUAGAAACAGAAUCCCAGAAGGGCAAACCAUCUCUUUCUCUUUAAUCAUCCAGACUGGACUUGCAUCCUACAGCAGGUCCUGUGAUCUGCAAACCCCGGGCAGAACAAUGAGCUUUCUCAGUAUUGCAUCCAAACCUCUGCGAGACCUCGUAUAAGUACUUCAUACUUUGGGUUAGUCCAGCAGGUAUGUGUAGAUGUUAUUGGACCUUGGAGUUCAGAGUACAGUAGAUUUAGAGAUCACACUUUGGGCAGUGAAAGGCACACCCUUUUGUUAUAUUUCUUGUUGUACUUGCAUACACAUCUGAGAUCCAGUUGUUAGCACAGCAUUCCUAGUACUCUGCAUCAUGUGCAAGCAAGGCACUGAAAAAUAAAUGGGGGGCUUACCAUGAACAGAAAGGAAAAGCUGUGUUGAAUGUACAGUAGGUGGCGUGUUACUGUGACACACAGCGGAAUGUUCUGUUGCAUCAUUCCGGAUAAUCAACAUUCCAGGGCUCUGCGUUUCAUUGGGAGAGUUACUAGUAUCCUCCUGCAGGGUCAAUGCAUUGCUUGAGACCAAGUUAGGGCUGAAGAAAAACAUGCAAGAAAAAGAAAGAAAAGACAUACAUUUAUUUGUCUUUACUAACAGAAAGAAUCCAAUUUACUUUUCUUUUCAUGUCGUUAUAUUUCUUUCUUUUUUUGGUAUUCUCAUUUUCGCUUUGAAACUGUAUUGGUUAAAAAAAAAUCGAACUGAAACAAAUGGUUUCUUUGUGUUUCGACAGGAGCCUUUAUUCAGCUCAUUGUUGCUCUUCGGCUCUUGCACACAGAGUGCAGUCCCAGGGCUCCAUUGCCUUUCAGGGCAUUGUUUCUCACAUAGUGCUUGAUUGUGGAAAGGAUGAAAGUGCUAAUGGAAAAUGUAUCCCUCGUUCGAGUGACAGAUCACCAUUUACAUUGUAAGCAGAAACAAAAACCCCGAUUCGGAGAAAGACAUUCAUGAACCCUUGAAACCCCACAAAGACUGCUGAGACCCAGAAUGGAACUCUGUGUUCUUGAAUCGUGGUCCUCACACCGUGCAACACUGAAUCAACAUAAAGCUGCUGAUUUGAAUCUCAUGUUAGUGUUUACGUGGACUGCUACCAUUGCAGAGUAAAGUAUUCACGUUUAUAUCUGCUGAAGCAUGUUUAAAACGUGUUGCAUGUGGUUUUCGUUUCUUUCCGGGAUCCUUUGAUUUGCACGAUGUCAGAAAUGCUCUUCAAUGCAGGGUUAUGUGUGGAGGGGGUCUGCCAGGACCAACGUAGCCGCUUGAAAAAUGAAGUUCUGUUGCAUUGAAGACUUGCCUCCUCCUCCUUGAAGAACAGAAGCAGACUAUGUGAGAAACAGGUCCCGUUAGUUCAGGGUCUUCACCUGACUGCAUAGCCCCUUGCAUUGAGAAUCUCUCAAUGUUGGAAACCCUCCCGCUGUUUUUAAAGAGAGGAUCACAUAAAACUGACAUUGCAUUAUCAAAUGGAGUGUCCUAGGAAACAAUCAGUCGCCAUCUUUGGCUAUUUAUCUUUGGAAGCAGUUCUUUUUUUAAAAUUGAUUUAUUUAUUUAUUUUUUUUUUUACAAUUGAACAAUAUCUUGUUUUUUUCUCUUUGUCUGUAAUGUGUUGGUUUGGGACUCCAGGUUUAUUGGAAGGUGCCACUGUGAACACUGUUAGCUAUCUUCUUGCACUUCUUUGUAAUAUGCUCAGUGUUUUGUGUAGUAAAUGGCUCUCCUCUUCUUUGAUUUCCCUGUCUCUUUAUUUCCUUUGUUUCAGCAGCUGCCAUGAAUAAAAGUCGUUAAUGUUAUUUGAAA